UUAAAUUUGCAAUUUGCCCUCUAUUUUCUCAUAAAGAUUUGAUUUUGACGGUUUUAUUGGUUGUUUUGUUUACUUAGAUUUAGGGUUUAUUUUGUAAAAUGGGCAGAAGUGGCAAUGUGUUGGAAAGUGUUAUCUUUUUACGGUUUUUAGCAUAUACCUCCUUCGUUUUGGCGAAUAAUAGAAGCAGCUUGUUAUUUGUUUAUUUUUGUGAAGAACUGCCGUCGAGGAGUUUUUUGCAAAGUUUUUAUUUAAACAAAUUAUACGUAAAAAUCCUCCUUGACCCUUUAUCUUUCUUUCUUUUUUUUUGCCCGAUUUUGUUUACCAUCUGCUGCUUGAGAUUGGAAGUUCGAAAGAGAAUUGGCCACUCAAUAGCAUGGAAGCACACGGUUCAUGAUGAAAGAUAAUUUUUCGAAUUUUAGUAACAAUCUUUUAUUAUUAGAUCGUGGCGUUAUACUCUUACAUUAGACGUGCUUAAGCUGCUGCGCUACCAAGAAUUAUUGGCAUAUGCCAACAAUGGUAGAGGGGACUGUUGUGGCCAUUUGCCAGUAUGGUGGAGAGUUUGUCACAAAUAGGGAUGGAUCUCUGUCUUACACUGGAGGAGAUGCUCGUGCUGUUGAUGUUGGUCAUGAUAUGCUUUUGGAGGAUUUCAAGUCAGAAAUAGCAUCAACAUUUGACAUUGACAUCAGUGGCAUGUCUAUCAAGUAUCUUCUCCCAAGCAAUAAACGAGUUCUCAUCACGAUAUCUAAUGACAAGGAUUUGCAACGAAUGGUUGCUCAUAAUGCCCAGUCUAUGUCAAUAGAGGUGUAUAUCAUAAAUAAGGUUGACAGCAGCACCUCAAUUGCUGUCACUGCUGCUGCGCAACAGAACGGUAAACGGAAGAGACCAACAUCAGGGUCUAGGGCACCUAAAAAAAGUUUACAGGUAGCUGAUUCCCAUACACCUAUUGCUUUUAACAGUGUUACUGAAAAUGCUGUUGACAGUGACGGACAAAAUAGAUCAACCAUCACUGGAAAUGUUGAGAACAGUGCGACUGAACUCGUCACAGUCCACUCUGCUUUGCCGGUUUUCAUGUCUUCGGCUACUUCUACCAAUGACAUCGGACAGCAAGGAGUAACUACUGUUGACAAUUUUGACGAGAGGAGCAUUCUAGCUGAUCCAAGCAUCCCUAAUGUUGCCACUACAGUUGCCACUCUAGGCACUUGUGAUGAUACCAGACCUCUUAAUUUAACCACUCUCUGGGAUGACAUCAUUACAGGCGUGGGUCAAGAAUUCGACAAUGUGAAGGAGUUCCGUGGUCAGUUAUGUAAAUAUGCCAUUGGUAAAGGUUUCGUCUAUAAAUUCGUGAAGAAUGAAAGUACUCGUGUGACUGUAAGGUGCAAUGAGGAGAGUUGCCCAUGGAGGAUACAUGCAUCCGAGUCAUCCCAAAAACAGAAGUUUGUGAUUAAGAAAAUGAACAAUGUACAUACAUGUGGCGGGGGGAAUGGGAAAGAUGGGCAACGGAAAGCAACGAGACAAUGGUUGACCGAUAUUAUUAAGGAAAAAUUACAAGCCUCAUUACCGUGUAAGCCCAAAGAAAUCGUACAAGAACUUUAUGAAGAUUAUGGAGUGAGCUUGUCUUAUUCACAAGUUUGGAGAGGGAGAGAAGAUGCGCAGAAAGAGCUUUACAGCUUGCUUAAAGAGACAUACAGUCAGUUGCCGUGGUUAUGUGAAAGGAUAUUAGAAACUAAUCCAGGCAGCGUUGCAUUGCUUUCUGCCAGUAUUGAUUCAAAAGUUCGUCGCUUUUAUGUCUCUUUCCACGCUUCGCUUCAUGGUUUUGAGCAUGGUUGUCGGCCUCUCAUUUUUCUCGAUAGAAUUCCUUUGAAAGGAAACACUCAGUGCAAGUUACUCACUGCCGCUGCACUUGAUGGCGAUGAUGCUAUUUUCCCAUUGGCCUUUGCUGCAGUUGAGGAUGAGAGUUAUGAUACUUGGGUGUGGUUCUUAUCACAGUUGAGGUACGCUGUGGGAGCUUCUCGUGCAAUUACCUUUAUAUCCAAUAGACAGAAAGGUUUAGAUGUAGCAGUACCUCAAGUAUUCGUAGAUAGUCAUCAUAGCUACUGUUUGCGCCAUCUCAUAGAGGAUUUCAAAUUGGAGUUGAAGAAAGGGCCAUGGUCACAACAGUUAAAGGACAAUAUGGUCGAUGAUUUCAUACGAGCUGCCCAAGCCUGCACUAUUGAAGAUUUUAACGCAUCCAUCGAGAGCAUCAGGAAUAUUUCCAGCGAAGCGGCUGAAUGGGUUGCGGGGAGCAAACCUGAAAACUGGUCAGAUGCCAUUUUUCGUGGUUCUAGGUACGACCACUUCUCUUCGAACAUUGUGGAUUCACUCACCAACUGGAUACCAGUGAAAUCUGAGUCAUCGAUAAUGCAUAUAGUCGAAGCCAUAAGAAACAAACUCACAGAGAUGAUGCAGACGAGAAAGGAAGUUUCUAGUGGGUGGAUGAGCAUGCUGACACCAACUAUGGAGCAGAAACUGGAGAAAGAAAUAUCAAAAUCGCGAAAACUUUACGUUUUGUGCUCUUCUGAAACCGUAUUUGAGGUGCGAGGAAAUACAAUAUACGUAGUUAAUAUCGGUAAUUGGGAAUGUACAUGUCGAAGAUGGCAGUUAUCAGGAUUGCCAUGCUCGCAUGCAUUCGCAGUCUUCAACAGAAUUAACAGAUCCGUGUAUGAUUACUGUUCGAAGUAUUUUAGAACAGAUUAUUAUCACUCGGCCUAUUCUGAAGCCAUUAACCCAAUACCUGGAGUCGAAAGCAUAGAUUUCAAUUCGGGUGCAAAUUUAUACCCUCCUCCAGCGCAACGACCCCCUGGAGGACGACCAAGGAGAAAGAGAUUUAACCCUAAUAAGACGGUUACUGUGAUUCGAUUAUGUAGCAGGUGCAAAGUUGCAGGACAUAACAAGGCAACCUGUGAAGCUUUUUUGUAGAUUGAGUUUGAUAUGUGUUUAUUUGUAAUAGGAGUAAUUUACCCUAAGUUUUUGGUUAUUGUUUGAUCUUUUUAUGGCAUCUCCUUGCAUAGAGUAUCCUUUAAUGUUGCUGAUAAUUUUUAUGGCUGAUCUUGUUUUAUAGGCAUAUGUUUCUGUUAAACAGAUUCCUAAAUAUCAAGGAACUAUCAUAUUUGUGGAUUUUCUUUUGAGAAA